CUGCUCGCGGCCGGUUCCUCUUUACAUAACGGCGCGGGGCGGCAUGGGCUCGGGCCGUCGUCUCCUCCCAGCCGCCCGCCCGCCUAGACUGUCACGGGCCACGGGGUCCACAGGGGCGACAGCAGCAGUGUCCCGGGGGCGUCCCGGGGCCGCGUCUCUCCGCUGCUGUCAGGCGCUGGCGGCGGAAAUGAGGCGCUGGCCGUUUUCCGAGCCGGGGUUUCCUGCCUGAGCGCCGAGAGGCCGUGCGACGCCAUGGGCCGGCCGGGCCCCGACCCGCAGCUUGCGCGCUCGGCCGUUCCGCCUCGCUCUCCGCCAUGAACGGGCCCACCGUGCAGCCGCCCCGCACGUCCUCGGCACCCGCGUCGCCCGCGUCCCCGCGCGGCUGGAGCGACUUCUGCGAGCGGCACGCAGCGGCGGCGGCGCGGGAGCUGGCCCGCCAGUACUGGCUGUUCGCGCGCGCGCAUCCACAGCCGCUGCGCGCCGACCUGGUGUCGCUGCAGUUCGCCGAGAUUUUCCAGCGCCACUUCUGCCGCGAGGUACGCGAGGGCCUCGCGGGUCCACCGGGCCGCGACUACCGCGCCACUGCCCCGCAUCACCGCGCCGCGCUGCCCAAGGCACGCAGCUCCGAGGAUCUGGGCCCGCGACCCUCCUGCGCCCUGCAGCACCUGCGCCGCGGCCUGCGCCAGCUAUUCCGCCGUCGCUCUGCUGGGGAGCUGCCAGGGCCUGCCAACGACACCAAUGAUACCGAUAACGACAACUAUGCCACCAGCAGGCCAGGACCAUCCCGCAAGCUGCUACCCUGGAACCUACGGGAGCCAGCAGCGGAGGCGCUCAAGGAGGCGGCGCUGCGUUACAGCCUGGCGGAUGAGGCGGCCAUGGACAGCGGUGCACGCUGGCAGCGGGGUCGCCUGGUGCUGCGGGCCCCGGGUCCAGGCCAUGGCUGCCUGUUGCAGCUCUUCGACCCGCCCAAGAGCUCAAAGCCCAAGCUCCAAGAGGCCUGCUCCAGGAUCCGGGAGGUCCGGCCAUGUACACGCCUAGAGAUGCCUGACAACCUCUAUACCUUUGUGCUGAAGGUGCAGGACCAGACAGACAUCAUCUUCGAGGUGGGAGAUGAACAGCAGCUGAACUCAUGGCUAGCAGAGCUCAGAACUAGCACAGGCCAAGGGUCAGAGUGCACGAACACAGAGUUACCCCUUUCCUUCGUGGCAGAGCCUGGUCCAGCCAGCUCUCCAAGGGGAAGCACAGACUCCCUGGACCAAGGUGCUUCACCUGGAGCAGUGUUGGACCCAGCCUGCCAGAAAACAGAUCACUUCCUGUCCUGCUACCCCUGGUUCCAUGGCCCUAUCUCCAGGGUGAAGGCUGCACAGCUGGUUCAGCUGCAGGGCCCUGAUGCCCAUGGUGUGUUCCUGGUGCGGCAGAGUGAGUCCCGGAGAGGGGAGUAUGUGCUCACAUUCAACUUACAGGGCAGAGCCAAGCACCUCCGCCUGGUGCUCACAGAACGUGGACAGUGCCGUGUGCAGCACCUGCACUUUCCCUCGGUGGUGGACAUGCUCCGUCACUUCCAACGGUCCCCCAUCCCACUUGAGUGUGGAGCAGCUUGUGAUGUCCGGCUCUCCGGCUAUGUGGUAGUUGUCUCCCAAGCACCAGGUUCCUCCAACACGGUCCUCUUCCCUUUCUCCCUUCCUCACUGGGACUCGGAGCUGGGUCUUUCCCACCUCAACUCUUCUGGCAUCCCCCCAAGCCUUGGCGCAGAGGCUCUACCCGGCCGAGUGACACCCCCAGAGCAAAUCUUCCACUUGGUGCCUUCUCCUGAGGAACUGGCCAACAGUCUGCGGCACCUGGAACUGGAGCCUGUGAGCAGUGCCCGGGACUCAGACUAUGGGAUGGACUCCUCUUCACGGAGCCACCUUCGGGCCAUUGACAACCAGUACACCCCUCUCUCACAGCUGUGCAGGGACACAAACUUGUGAAUGUAACCAUCGUCCUCUUCUCCAGAGAGCUACAGGCUGCCAGCUCAGAUGUGUUCUCUGCCAGGCUGCCGCAGGCCUUCUGUCAGCCACAGCUAGCCCCUGGCUUUCUCCCACUGUUUACACAUGUAGUUCUUGUGCACAGGUGCCACUAGCUGAUACCCUAGGCCCAGAGCUGGCAGUGGAAACUGGUAGUCAGAGCUUAUGACAGACUUCCUACCAAGUAGGCUCACUGGGAAGCACAAAACACUAACAAAGUCCUGUCUCUUUCCCCAUAGCUUCAGUUCCACAGCUGAUGGAUGCUUCUUAAUCCCGCUUCUACUCUUAGCUUUAGACAGAAGCUCUGCCAGAGGGACAGGCUUAAAAGUCAAAAAUGAUUUUAAACGUUUUACCUCAGAUUACUUUUUUUUUUUUUUUAAAGGAUUCAGGUUUCCAUAU